GCCCUAUUAAACCUGGCAGAGCGACUGGGAGAAGCUAAGCCUCGAGGACUGACUAAAGCAGAUAUUGAACAACUUCCUUCAUAUCGGUUCAAUCCUAACAACCACCAGUCAGAACAGACCUUGUGUGUAGUAUGCAUGUGUGAUUUUGAGUCAAGGCAGCUACUUAGAGUGUUACCCUGUAACCACGAGUUCCAUGCCAAGUGUGUUGACAAGUGGCUUAAGGCAAAUCGUACCUGCCCAAUUUGCCGAGCUGAUGCUUCAGAAGUACAUCGGGAUUCAGAAUGACCAACCUAAGAGCACAAAUUUAGUUUGGGUGUUCCUCAUCACGUGUAUAUACGGACUAUCCAUUGAACUUAAUCUGUGUGGCUUCCAGCCCUCCCUUUACCAAAAGGGUCAAUGGACCUUUCUUUGCACUGUGUGACUUAAUCAACUAUAAAAGCUUACAAUUAGUCUUCACAAUUAUGGGAUUGUUAUACUAACCGUGUGAUUGGAACUCCAAAGACUUUUUCUUUAGCUUAAUUUUGUGUGUGCACUAACAUUCCCUGGUUUUUGUGUGAUCAUUCCGAGUGUUGCUGCAAGAUUACCGUGGACGUGAUCUUUUAGCAUGUGCUUUUAUAAAAAGUGGUAGCUCCAGAUGAUAUAGCAAUCUACCUUCUAUAGAGCCUUCAGAAACUGUGAGUGGAAGUGAAUGCAGUAUGUGAUUGGUGACAAUGGUAAGUGUGUCUGCGUGAGAGUGUGCAACUACUUGUGUGAGGGCAUGGUAGCUGACGUGUGUAUGAGAUCCUAUAUACCAGCAUGUACCGAGAAUGUGUGUGUAGUUUUAAUUAUGCUGCAAUGUAUAAUCUGGUGUGUUAUUUAAACAGCACUAGUACUGUACACUGGUUCCCCUUGUGUUUGCUGUUGCACACUGAUUGCUAAGGGUGCGUCAAUUAUAAGCAUCGGAUACUCCAGCCCUUCCCUCCCGAUGAAUGGAAUGAGAAAAGCCUUCUCCUUUGCUUCAGGCAGCUGUCACCUUCUCUUCACUGGUGGUCCUAAGUGGGCCACUUAAGAAAAAGAGUGUAACAGAUUCUCACUCCAUGACCUAAUUAUUUUUAUUCUGUUGUGAAAAAGAAAAUUUUUAAUCUCCAACUUGCUAUUUCCAAAAAGAAGGUGCAAUAUCAUACAUCAUCAGUUAGCAAUAUUAGCAUUUCAAUCAAUGAUUUGAAUGUUGAUACUUUCUUGUUUUUUCCUUUACAUUUCCAGUAAGCUUCUUACAGAAAGUACCUGUGAUAUUUUUUUUUUAAUGUUUAGAUUUGUAGUCUAUUCUGAAGAUAUUUGAGUAAUAUAUUUCUAAGAAUACCACUGGUCCCAUGAAGUCUCACCUCCUUGACUUCCACCAGAACAAAAUCUGUUCGCUAACUCAGCUUGAUUUCUGAUAUAUGUUCUUUGUUCAACCUCCCAUAGGCAACUAAACUGUUUUAAGAAAACACUAUUUCUGUUCAUACUCACUCACUUGCCACACUGCAGUUCUGCAACUUGUUCUUCCCUCAGUAAAUGUGCUUCUCAUCUCCACCCUUGUUUCAGGAUGGAGCAAGUGCUGUGACAGCUAGCUUUGAUGUCUUACUGCUUUUCCUUUUAGUUUUUGUUUGAGAAAAGUUUAACGCAAUGGGUGUCCAGAAUACUUGCAGUAUAAAUGAAGAUUUCAUUUUUGUAUAAAAAAAUAAUGCUGUCAAACAGGAAUUGGUCUUCAUUUAGUUGAUCUGUGAGGUUUUUUUAUGUAGGUUCAUUGAGCAUAUUUCAGAUUAUUUAAAGUCGCUUUUCCAGCAAUAUGUAGAUUUCUUUCUUGUUCUUUCAGUACAUUCAGCAUUGCCCGCCUCUUCCUGCAUUGCUUUGUUUGCAGGAGCACAUGCUGUGUUCUUCCAGUGGGGACUGUGAUGACUUACUGUCAGCCUCACUCCAGUCUCAGUUGGCCCUGGGCUAGUUUUGUACCCAGACAGUGUUAACUAAUUUACUGCCAUGCUGCUUGCCCUCCCUUGAAGUCUCUACAAGCUCAUCACAGCCUAGAGUUCAGUAAAGUCAAUUCACAUAGAAGCACAAUUUUGUCCUCUUCCAGACACUGUUGCCUCUAUUUAGUCAAAUAGGAUUUUGUCUACUUUCUAUUGGCCCCUAGAUUUGCCAGUGCAUCAGAAAUACACUUAUUAAAUAGUGGUAAAAUGCACAUGUUGUUUUUAAAUCAUUAAAAGGUGUGUUAAAGACCAAAAUUAUUGGCAUACAAUAAUCAGCUACAAUAAAAAUCACAUACAGUUUAAUCUUUAUUUUUUAAUUGAAAAUCAUGUUUAAAAUGGCAAAAGCCCAUCUUAUAAAUAGACUCUUUUAUAUAGCUGCAAAAAAUUUGUAUCUGUACAGAUCUAACAUAACACAACUACACUCAGUAUUCAUUUUAUUGAAGCAUGCAAAUAAAGCACUUUUUCUAAUUUAUAUAGAGAUACCUAAUUAACAAGGCACAUCGUACUAAUAACUAGGAAAAGUAGCUUUUCUUUUCUUCCUCUGACUAUGAAUUUUGUCAUAAUGUCCCUUCCCAGUAAAUUUUUGAGAAGUGGUUGGCAUUGUAGGAGGCAGCAGGGUCUGUUUUGGUAAAUCCUGAGUUCGCUGUUGUGCUGUUGUGACUGAUCUCUCUUUGGGAAUAUCUUGUCUUUGCACAGGGCUCUUAGAGAUUUACCCAGACUUGCUUACUAAGUGUUUAAUGUGUACAGGAGCACACAGGCACAGACUGGCCACAAGUAAGCAACUUCAGGGCUAGGAAAUGAGAAAGAACAGCUGAUCCGUGCCCAGCUGUUGUCACCUUGGGUGAUACACAAGAUAGCAGGCAGAUGAUGUUUUGUUGCCUUUGUCCUCUUUCCUACUAAAACAAGAUUGACUUUCCCAUCAACUCAGCUGUGGGGUUUUUUGUAGGGUUUUGGGGUGUUUUUUUGCUUUUUGGCAUGAAUUGUCACAUUGGUAUUUUUUAACUGCCCCCCCAAGGGAAAAAAAAAAAAACCUCAAGGCCUCCAAGUAUCAAGAUCUCACAUUAAGAUUUUCUGUCCUGAAUUUUUUUUGAGCAGAAUCUGGAAAAUGUGAAAGCAUAACUAGAUUUUAUAUACUCUCUGAAAUGUGAUUUGUUAAGAUUCUUAAACUUGGGCCUCUUGUAAUAAUUUUGAAUGAGCUCUACCAACUCACUUAGAAUAUUUUUCACAGAUAUCUCUAGGCCUUCAUUAGAAAGCUGUUUUCCCCUGUUGGUUCAUUUGGUUACCUCAUUUUGCUAUUUGUUUCAGAUUAUGAAAGCUUGCAGGGGCGUUUGUUGGAAUCAUUUGCUGAGUCAUUUCCUCAAAUCAUAUUCCAUUGUAUCAGUUAACAUAUAGUUUUAAAUGUGCAUAUUAUAAAUAUCUGUAACCAAAUCAUUUGAAGGCUUGAUAAAUUUUUAACAAAGUUUGUACAUUUUUUAUGAAAGUUACUAGUAAUGCUUUACUAAGUAGUGCAAUGAAUUUUUAUUUUUAAUCCCUGUGCCCAAUUUUGGAGUUGAGAGGGUUGUUGGUAAUAAAUGUAUGAUG